AUGAGAGCAGCAGUAGCUCGCUCGCUACGCCAGCUUCGCCGUUUGGCGCGGCACCAUGCGGAGGGGCGCGCACCGAUAAACAGGCUGACCAGGCAGCAGAACGCGCUCAUCUUGCGUAGUUCCGCAUCCCGUUCACUGUGCACAGUGCGCCAUAAUGAUGAGUAUGGUAGAUUUGUGAGUCCAGCUGUGGAGUCACUGAGGAACAUGUUCUCCACUGCCACGGCUGAUUCGAUUAAAGAUGUUCCACGAGGUGGUCCAAUGGUGGAAUAUGAGAAGAGAAUUGCAUCAGGAGAUCUUGUAGAUGGUGAUAGCUUUCAGGUUGACACGAUUCAGCAAUUACAAAGGCUUUAUGAGGAUCUUGUAGAGAAUGAAGAAGCCUGCCAGCUGGAUAGAUAUCAGUCAUCUGAGAAAUCUGGAAGGAGAAGAUGGCUAUGGUCUCGCCUUAUUGCUCAGCCUUCUACCGAUUCACCAGUAAAGGGAUUGUAUCUAUAUGGAGGGGUCGGUACAGGGAAGACGAUGCUUAUGGACCUAUUCUAUGAGCAACUGCCAGCUAAUUGGAGGAAAAAGCGAAUUCACUUUCACGAUUUCAUGUUGAAUGUCCAUAGUCGUCUGCAGAUGCAUAAAGGUGUUUCAGACCCCCUUGAUAUGGUAGCAGCUGAGAUUUCAGAUGAAGCCAUAAUAUUAUGUCUUGAUGAGUUUAUGGUAACUGAUGUUGCUGAUGCUAUGAUACUGAACCGUCUGUUCAGACAUCUGUUCAGCAAAGGCGUUAUUCUAGUUUCGACUUCUAAUCGUGCUCCAGAUCAGCUAUACGAAGGUGGCUUGCAGCGAAACCUUUUCUUACCUUUCAUUGACACCUUGAAAGAAAGGUGCAUUGCACACCCCAUUGGCUCUGCAGUAGACUACCGUCAACUGGGUUCGGCUGGAGAAGGUUUCUAUUUUAUUGGAAAUGAAUGCAGUACAGUUCUUAAACAGAAAUUCCAAUCUUUGAUAGGAGAUGAGGAACCUACUCCUCAAACAGUCGAAGUCGUUAUGGGACGACAUUUGGAGGUCUUGGAAGUCCCACUGGGAGCAAAUGGAUGUGCAUAUUUCCAGUUUGAAGAUCUUUGUGACAGACCUAUAGGCGCAGCAGACUAUUUCGGGUUAUUUAAGAAGUUUCACACCCUUGCAGUUGAAGGUGUCCCUAAGUUUGGAUAUCAUAACAGAACAGCUGCGUAUCGGUUUGUCACAUUGGUUGAUGUUAUGUACGAGAACAAGGGGAGGCUAUUAUGCACAGCCGAGGCCGAGCCGAUAGAGCUGUUUGAGAAAGUUGUGACGGUCGCUGAAGCACAAAAAAGUUCACCUAGAUCUUCACGCUCGCGAAAAAGUGACGAUCCCGAUCUCUGUGUGGACAACGAGCUAGGAUUUGCCAAAGAUCGUACGAUUAGCAGGUUGACAGAGCUCAACAGCAGAGAAUACUUGGAGGACUUUGAAGCAAAAUGGCAACAACCCCUGCACGCUUUAGAUAAUGGCGGCGAUGUCGUACUAGCAUAA